CGAUGCCGCCAUCUUAUAUAAAGAUGCUGAAUACUUUGUAAUGAUUAGCAGCACCAUGGCCGCUCCUUCCUGACACCCGACAACACUGCUUUAAGGGUGUGGGAGUCAUCGGCUGAUCCCCAGAACAGACCUGGGCACUUGCCAACCUCACAAAAGGGGCACAGAAGCCAGGGGCAUCUAUUCUUCUGCACAGGACACCAUGGCAAGGCAGCUGCAGGCCCGGAGGCUGGAGGGAGUGGAUGAAAAUAUCUGGGUAGACCUGGUCAGCUUGGCAGCUCAGUACAAACCAGUGAAUCUGGGCCAGGGAUUUCCAGACUUUCCCCCACCAGCGUUUUUAAGAGAGGCCUUUGUCAGAGCCAUUACUGAGGAGCCCCUGCUGAACCAAUAUACACGAGCCUUUGGACACCCCCUUCUGGUGAAAAAUAUUGCCCAACUCUACAGCCAGCUUUUAGGACAGGACCUGGAUCCUUUUUCUAAUGUCUUGGUGUCGGUGGGGGCAUAUGGGGCCCUGUUCUGUGCCUUCCAGGCUUUUGUUGAUGAAGGUGAUGAGGUGAUUAUCAUUGAGCCAUUUUUUGACUGUUAUGAACCCAUGACAAAGAUGGCCGGAGGGAAAUGUGUAUUUAUCCCACUCAGACCUAAACCCACAGAUGCCGGAGCCCCCAUGACUAGUGGGAGUUGGCGGCUGGACCUGGAAGAACUGGAAAGGAAAAUUAGCGGUCGCACUAAAAUCCUUGUUAUAAACACUCCAAAUAACCCCCUAGGGAAGGUCUUUAGCAAAGAGGAGCUGGAAGAGAUUGCAGACAUUUGCAUAAGGCACAAUAUCAUCUGCUUUAGUGAUGAGGUGUACGAGUGGCUGGUGUAUGAUGGGAACCAGCACGUACGGAUUGCUAGCCUUCCGGGCAUGUGGGAGCGUACCAUCACUGUCGGCAGUGCGGGGAAAACCUUCAGUGCUACAGGCUGGAAGGUUGGCUGGGCCCUAGGGCCUGAUCAUCUUCUAAAGCAUUUACGGACAGUCCAUCAGAACUCAGUGUAUCACUGUGCUACGGGAGCCCAGGAGGCUGUGGCUCAGGGGUUCCAGAGAGAGCUGGAGCAGCUGGGAAAGCCUGAAAGUUACUUUGGGCAGUUGCGGGAUGAACUGGAGAAGAAGCGAGACCGAUUGUACCACUGCCUGAAGGAGGUGGGGAUGAAGCCCAUGAAGCCGCAGGGAUCCUACUUCAUGAUUGCUGAUAUUUCCCAUUUCAGGACUGAGGUGCCCCCUCCUUCAGACGCCAGCAUACCUUACGAUUACUACUUUGCAAAGUGGAUGAUGAAGAAUAAGCAUUUAGCGGCUAUACCCGUGUCGGCAUUCUUUAGUGCACCCCACAAGAAGCAUUUUGAGAACUUUCUCAGGUUUUGCUUUGUAAAGGAGCACAGCACACUGGAGGCCGCAGAGAACAUAUUAAAGAACUGGAGAAAAUAGUCGUCUGCUCAAGCAAGAUGUGAUUUUAUGGGACUCUGCGUGUUACCACGAAUAAACGCUACUGUAUGUAUUUUAAGAAUUUGCUUCUAGAUGUUCUGUUUUUUUGUGUUAACCUUCUUCUUAGAUCCCAUGCUGCCCCACUGUUUGAACCCAAACUUGAACUGGGAGAUCCAGAUGUUCUAGAGGCAGGAAACAGCUUUCCUCUUUGAUGACAAAGCUGAAUCAUGUUCUCAAAUAACAGCAAGAGCCACAUUUAGUAUUUCAAACUAAGUUGGACUCUAAAAGUUACCUUGGGAAUGCAUGAACCCUUCUUAUGUGAGUCACUUUGCUACCCACAUAUAGUGUAAAUACAAAUAUACAGAGAAGGAAUGGCCAUGCCAGCUGAAUAAUAACAUCAUGGUGUAUAUUAAACCCUGCAGGAGUGCAACUAAUCACUGUUAUAUGGCCAUAAUGCAUUAUGAGCAUAAGUGUUUGUCGGCAUGGGGAGGACUAAGUACAUCAUAUUUGCAAUUAAA